UCCAUUCUUGAAACUUUCGUCGUGUCCACACCUCUCUUUUCUCAAUCAUCAGUCUCCCCUUAUAAAACAUCCCACAUUCCCAUCUCUCUUCCCCCUCUCUGCACCUAAAACUGUCUUCUCUGUUCACUUCUCAUCAAAAACUUCUUCAUCCAUUAAUGGCGGUAACAUCAAGAGGAAGAACAACAGAAGUUCAAAUGACUACAAAGAAAUGGAAAGAUCACAGAGAUAACACAACUAGUCCUGAAAGAAGAAAAGUAUGGACUGAAAUUAAACCAGCACAUUAUGAGAGGAAAGUUUCUGUUGUUUAUUAUCUCUGUAGAAGUGGUAGUCUUGAACAUCCUCAUUUCAUGGAAGUUCCUCUUUCUUCUAAUGAUGGGCUUUUCCUUAGAGAUGUUAUCAAUAGAUUGAAUCUGUUGAGAGGAAAAGGCAUGGAAACUAUGUAUUCAUGGUCAUCAAAGAGGAGCUAUAAGAACGGAUUUGUAUGGCAAGAUUUAUCAGAGAAUGAUUUCAUAUAUCCAGUACACGGCCAAGAAUAUGUACUAAAAGGAUCAGAAUUACUUGAUACUCCGCCAUUAAACAACUUCGAAUCAGCAACAAUUACAACAUCUUCAUCAACAUCUUCAUGCAUGGAAAAACGUAUAGCAGAAGUUGAAGAGGAAGAAGAAGAAUGUGAUUUUCCAGUAAUUGUUAGAAGAAGAAACCAGUCUUGGAGUUCGAUUGAUCUCAACGAAUACAAAGUUUAUAAACCGGAAUCAAAUAUCCAGUCACCGGGGAAAGGAGCCGAUGCUUCGACACAAACGGAUGAUAAACGACGGCGAAUCAGAAGAAGCAUCAGUAGUGUCGAUGACAUGAACCCCAAAAAGAUUAGUCCGAACAGAAUCAAUGAAGAAGAUGAAUACGAAGAAGAACAAAAUCAAACAACUGAAUUAACCAGAGAAGAGAUAUCACCACCACCAUCAUCAUCCAGUCCUGAAACACUCGAAACUCUAAUCAAAUCCCACCGGUGCAUUUCGCAAUGUACUAACCCCGACCAACUAUCAUCACCCAAUGAUCAGAACAAACACAGCGGCAGAAUCAAAGCGUCGGCGGUACUAAUGCAGCUAAUCUCCUGCGGAACUAUAUCGUGCACCACUUCAUCCACAUCAACCAUUGCACCGUCAGAUAAGUCGCACCAAGACGGUGGUGGCGGCGGCGGGUUUUCGCUCAUAUCGUAUUAUAAAUCAAGAUUACCCCGUGGGACUGGUUCCGGCAGUAGUCAGAUGUCGACACCGGCCAAUGUGGUUGAUUGUUUAAUGGAGAAUCCUAGUUUUGAGAAGAUUACGCUUGAAGAUAAAGAGUAUUUCAGCGGGAGUCUGAUUGAAACUAAUAAGAAGGAAAAAUUUUCUGUUAUACAAAGAUCUUCUUCUUACAAUGCUGAUCGAAGCGCGAAGUUGGUUUUGAGAGAUAAAGAAAUAGAUGGAGUAAGAGCAAAAUGCAUCCCAAGGAAACCAAAAAUGUCGAUGCAUAUUAGGAAACAAAGUAGCAGUAGCAGCAACAUUAGCAUGAAAAGCAGCACCAGCAACAGCAUUAUCUCGCCAAGUAGCAGUAGCAAUGAUCUACAUUUGGGAACCGGUGGAGGCGGAAGCAGCAGCAAGAGACAUAGUAGCGGUUCAUCAUCAUCAGUUCAGUAAUCCAUGGCACGGUCACAUAAAAAUCCUAACUCUACUCAAGUAAAAACCCACCAUUUUUGGUUAAACCCAAAAAUAGAAGAAGAAGAUUAAUGUAAGUAGGCAAGUUUGGCAAAAUCAAGGUGCACACACAGUGUGUCUAGUGUUUUGAGUCAAAGCAUUUGCCUUGCAAUAUACGGCACGGAGUGUAGAGACAGACAUAAUUAGGGUUGGUAAUAUGGGUGUGUGUUGCAGAGCCAGAGGCUGGGUGGUGGUUUUGUUUUUUAAGGCUUAGUUUAAUAUUUGGGGUUGUUACCUAGCAACUUACUGUGAUCUCUUGGGGAAAUGGUGCGACAUUGGGGUUAGAAUAUAUAUAUUAGAGUGUUUUCUAUAUAUGUUUGUCUCUCUGCAGUCUCUGAAAUUGCGUUGUUGUUUUAACUUACUUUACUCUGUAGGAUUUCUUGUGAUGAAAUAUUAUAUAUCUGUAUGUAUUA